AGAGAAGGCAAUCCGUUUCAUGAGAUAAAUACAGAGAGAGGCGCGGUUCUAUAUUUCGUAACACCUUACGGUAAAUUAGAAACUACGAUCUGAGGAGCAACAUGUCGUACUGCGCGGAAAACUGUCCGCUCCACACACUGGUGCCGUCAAAUUAACAAAAUAAAAUAGGUUAUGAAUGUAACCGUAUUAUCGGUUAACAUUGUACAUACAAUAAUACCUAAUAUAUAUACAUUGAAAUAUUAUGUCAGACUUGGAGUUGGAAAUGCAGCCAGGACGAAGGAGUUAUGAGGAAAUAUUAAAGCAGCGGCAGGAUGAAGGAGAUAAUAAAACUGCAACAACAAACGAACAGGCUCGCGUCGAAGAUAUUGUACUCAAAUUUUAUCAAUCCUGCAAAGAAGGGGAACCUGUCUUAUUUAAGCCGAAACACAUUCAGUUCUUGAAAAGAGCAGUCACUAAUUUAAAUUCUACUUAUGAGUGUUUGGACUCCAGUAGACCAUGGCUGUGCUUCUGGAUAUUGCAUUCGCUUGCGAUAUUGGGAGAACGCUUAGAAGAUGAGGAAUAUUCCAACAUAGCAGGCUUUUUGGCCAAAUGUCAAUCCUCAGAGGGUGGUUUCGGGGGAGGUCCAGGACAAUGUUCACAUUUAGCAUCUACAUAUGCCGCAGUGAAUGCGUUAUGCACCAUCGGUACACAAGAGGCAUAUGACGUGAUAGAUAGGAAGAACUUAAAACGAUUCCUAUCGUCCUUACGUGGAGAGGACGGUUCCUUCUGUAUGCACGCGAACGGCGAGGUAGACAUACGUGGAGUUUAUUGUGCCCUCGCCGCUGCUAAAUUGACAAACGUAUAUACUCCGGAUAUGUUCAAAGGCACCGCCGAGUGGAUAGCCAAGUGUCAAACGUGGGAGGGUGGUUUCGGCGGUUGUCCGGGAAUGGAGGCUCACGGCGGAUAUGCGUAUUGUGGUUUGGCAUCGCUCGUAAUGCUUGGAAAAACAGAUCUUUGCCAUUUACCAGAGUUGUUGAGGUGGACGGUAAAUAAACAGAUGCGUAUGGAGGGCGGUUUCCAAGGACGUACGAAUAAAUUAGUGGACGGGUGCUAUUCGUUCUGGCAAGGUGGAACGUUCCCGUUGAUUGCCGCUAUCUUGUCGACACAAGGAAAAACGUUCAACAGUUCCGACCACUGGUUGUUCAACCAAGAGGCCUUACAAGAGUAUAUAUUAAUUUGCUGUCAAAAUCCGCACGGUGGUCUUCUGGAUAAACCAGGAAAAAAUCGUGACAUAUACCAUACGUGUUAUGUUCUCAGUGGAUUAUCAAUUGCGCAAAAUUCACCAGUAAAAUCAAUCAUUGGACGGAAGAUCACGAAUAAGGUGGAGGUGAUCCAUCCCGUUUACAACGUGGAAUAUUCCGCCGCGAAAAAGGCGCAAGAGUAUUUUCCUACUCUACCGAUACCCGCUGAUUGAUUCGUCUUAGCUAUUUAAAAUGUAUCUAUCAUGUUUAUAUGUUUUUCCUAAAAAGAGAAAAAAGAAAAAAAUCCCAAAGAUGGAAUUUAUCUCAAACCGACCAAUAAUGCGCGCAUAAAAAAAGUUGUUUGUAUAUGAAAAUCCAUAAUUGUGAUAUAUAAGAGAACUUAUAAAAUGCCACGUUAACUGACCUUUGAUGCACAUUAUUGAAAAUUACAAGAUUGCCUUUUUCUCCAUCUUGGCUUUAUUUUCCGUUAAUAAAAUUUAUGGAGAAGAUAA